CAGCCAGUGAAAAAUGGAGGGAAACUAAGGCAAUACAUAAUUAACGGUCUCAAGCCAGCGUCCGUCAUAGACCACUCUACCUUCACACCGGGAAAUCGUAGUUGUUUAUUAGAUAAAGUACAGAGCUACAUUAUCAUUAUCUUUAUCGUUAUUUUUAUUAUUAUUAUUAUUAUUUAUUGUCGUUAUUACUUAUUUUUAGUAUUAUUUGUAUAUUAUCGUUGUGGUUGAUGUUAUUACUAUCAUUGUCAGUAUCCUCGGACAGUUCACUGGACGUCUAGAAAAUUCCAACAGUAAGCCGUCCACAGUUCUCGUUGUUGUCGCCAUAAUAUACCGAACUUCUAGUGAUACGCAUAAAAUAUUAAGGACAUUUUAGAGGAAACAUCUAUCGAUCUACUCAGAAAACAUGAUCUCCGCACUACCAACCCGGGCUUUCAGAAUAUUAGUUUUUGCGACAUGGGCGCAGAGAUCUGUUUGGUGUCAAUACUACGGCGAGCAGAUAGGGGAUGGUCAUGGUGGUCAUAACGAAGAACAUCAUGAAGAUCAUCACGUGAAGCCGCUGUACAAGUACGGAUAUUGGGUGCACGAUCCAAAAACGAAAGAUGUCAAGAGCCACUGGGAACACCGGGACGGAGACACGGUGCACGGUUCAUACUCGUUUCUGCAACCGGACGGACACAUGCGGGUGGUCGAGUACACGGCCGACAAGCAUAACGGAUUCAACGCACACGUCAAGUACAUGUACGAAGGACAUGGAGGAGGCAGCGACGGAGGGAGUGGCGACGGUGGCGGGUUCGGGGGAAGCGGCGGUGGUGGAGGAUUCGGCGGCGGCUUCGAAAACCAUUUGGAGGACGCGUCGGGAAAACAGUCCGCACCGAUCGGAGGUGGUGGCGUCGGAGUGGGAGGCCGGCCAAAGCAGCCGUUGCACAAGUUCUACAAGAAACCACGAACGGAAAAACACGGCGGCCAACCGGGCCAGUACAAAAAACCGCAACAGUUCGACGGACGUCCGAAACCGGUGGCCGGAUACAAGAAACAACGGCUGUCGCCGCCCGCGGAACAGUCGGCUGAACACCACUUCGGUGGCAAACCCAACAGCCAUUUCGAUCAGCUGCCCAAGUUCGGCGCCCCCGGACAUCAUCAAGCCAAUUCACUAGGCGGCGGCGGCGGCGGUAGCCCCGAACGGUAUCACGCAAAUCAGCUGGGCGGCGGCGGCGGCAGCCCCGAACGGUAUCACGCAAAUCAGCUGGGCGGCGGCGGUGGUAGCCCCGAACGUUAUCAGUCGAGCCAUUUGGGCGGCGCCAGUCCGUUUGGGUAUUUGGCCGAAGAACAGGGCGCUGAUCAGCCGGUUGAACACUUUUCCCGCAAGUACUCGUCGACGACGUCGGCGGACACGUCCGCCUACCUGACCGGCAUCCAAUAUCUAUCGUCCGAACACGACCCGGUGGUGCACCGUCAGCCGGACGUCGCGCCCGCAGCGUCGACGGAACGCAAGCACCACAGCGGUUCGUCCGAGGAACGUCAGGCACAGGUGCCGGGCUCGGAUCUGGAGCCGCCUCGACCGGCGCAGGUGGAUGGGCCUUCCGAAGAGCCGCGCGACGAUGGGAGCGCGCCGCUGCAGUACGACGAUGCCGACAACCGUUCGCAGGAACGGGACGACAGGGACGGCAGGGAUGACAGAGACUACAGGGAUUACCGGGACGACCGCGCGGCCGACUCCGCCGACGAAACAGCGGUAACGGUACAAAAGCAACCGUUGCGGGAAUACCGUUUCGAGGAGCCGCCAUACCCGUUCGAAAUUCCCGAAAGCGUGCAAGUCUCCGGCAAAUACCGGAAGAGACACUCGCCGCAGCCGCCGGUAAACAUGCACGGAUACACGGCCGCAUCGUCGUACUUUCCCAGCUGGUACGGCGGUAGCAGACGCUACGAUUAGGCGGCAUUAGGACCAGCCGAUUCGCGACCGCGUCGAAGGGCUAUUUUUCCAGGAGCAAUAAUAAUAUCAUCGUUGCGCUUUGUUGUUAUUUUUAUCGUUAAAUCGUUUUAGUUUGCUAUCAAUAAUUCCACUACCAUAUUGGUAACUAUGUUCGCAUAGGGUAUCAUUGCCUACGAAACUUUUUGCAAUACACACAUUGAGGUAAAAUCGAAUAGAAUAACAUAAAUAAUAGAAAAUAGAUAAUAACAUAUUAUAUAUUCUAUCGUAAAUAAUAGAAACCAUAUUAUUUACACAACAGUAUAAUAAUACAUAAUAUUAGGGAAUGCACAUGAAGUGAUUCCUGUAAUCCUAUUAAAACUCUGCAGCCACGAGAUUGACGAGGAUAAACAAAAACAAAAAUUUAAACUACAACUUUUGAUGAACACGCCACUUUAAGAUGACGGAACUGUGGUAACCGUUACAGGAAUACCGUUUCGAUACGAACCUGCGACGUACCCGUUCAAAAUAUUGUCGCGAACGUACACGUAUACCUGUUUGGUAAAUGUCCUCUUUUUU